CUGAUCCACACCCUCGGUAGGUGGCGGUAAUACAUCCAAAAGGUGUUCGAAGAGUUUGCAGUUUACACUCCACACCAGUAGGUGGCAGUAAUGCGCUCCCGUCAUAGAAGCGGAAGUAAAACAAGGUACACAACGCUUGCGGGAACCACACGUGGGUACACGGGGUUAUCAGAGUAAUGUGGCGUUAUCAACUUAAUUAGAAAAAAAACCAUGUCGAAGAGGCAGACACCCAUGUCAACAGAAAAUCCUGGUUCUGAAGCGGGCCUCGAUGUGGAGGAGAUGCAGGAUCCGCCGCCGGAGACCAGACGGACCCGUAGUGGCCGCAAAGUGCGCACUCCUGCCGCACUGCUGGACUCAGAAGCCCCGGUGAGGACUCCCAGCCGGAGGACCAGGAGAUCUGUCCUCCAGGAGCUACCGGCUGUUGAGAAGAAAAACACGCAGGAGACGGUGCAGAAACUCGAGAGUCUGACCGAGGAGAAGCUCAGUAUGCCUGCCGAACCGGAGCCCGGUACCGUGUCAGAGCCAGCGGAGCCGCACACGGAGGCUGCGGCUGAUACACACGCAGCCACCGGCGUUAGCGGCUGCGGAAACGGCCCUCUGUCCGGGCCUGCACCGGCAGAAAAGCCACCCAUGAGUUCCGAAAGCGCCGCAAAGAAGCCUCGUCUGGCUUCAAGUGGAAAACAAGCUCCCGUUAUUCCGCUGGGAAAACCCAAAUCUGGGAGAGUUUGGAAGGACCGCAACAAGCAGAGGUUCUCUGCACUGGUAAGAGACAAACCGCUGUGCUCAUCUUGGGAAAAGAAGAUGGUGGCAAAGCGGGAGAAAGAGCUGGUGAAACAGUAUUCUUUACAGCUUAGAGAGGACAAAGCCAGACAGAAAGAGGAAAAGAGGAAAAGGCGAGAGGACAACUUGAAACGUCGUGCAGAGAAUGAACGCAAAGCAGAGAUUGUACAAGUGAUCAAGAACACAGCAAAGAUCAAGAGGAUGAAGAAGAAACAACUGAGGAGAAUUGAGAAGAGAGACACACUGGCCCUGCUGCAGAAGUCUCAGAAGCAGAGUGGAAAAGCCAAAGGGCAAAAAAAUCAAAAGGUUGAGCAAGAUUUGAACUAAAGACUGUGAGAAAAUAAAAACGCUUCUGUUCAGUACUUUUAUAUUUGGAUGUCUGCAAUACAACAAACACUUUUCUAUGGGAGGAGAUAUUUACACAUUAAACCAAUAAAAGCUUUUUAAAUACAGAA